CGAGGAAGUGACGUAACGAUAUAAACAUUGGUCCCUCCGUAUGUUUACUGGUUGAGCGGAAGUGACGCAUAAUGCCACCGCCUUGGAGGUCAGCACACGUGCUGCGGUGUGCCUGCGGAGAGCCUGCGAAGUAACGAGUUAGUCUUAGUUUCCCGGGUGAGACGGGCCCUGCGAGCUUCAUGGACCCGUUCGGUUGGUACCCUCCGGCCGGGCCGCCGCCGGUGCUAACGCUCCCGGGGUCCGAGUCCAGUCAGGCCGCGACCUGGAGUUCUUGGGUGGUUCCUCCUCCGCCGCCCCCACCGUCCGUCCCACCGCCUCCCCUCCCUCCUCCGCAGCUGCCUCAGUCUUCCGAGAGCGCGUGGGACUUCCAGGCGGCCCGAGACUGGUCCUGGGCGCCGGCCCCGGGCUACGAUGGCUUCGAUCCUCCGCAGGGACACUGGUACCAGCAGCCAGGCAGAAACUAUCAUUUCCCUAGGAAAAAUCAUGACAGAUCAAAUCGAAAUUUCAAAAAUCAACAAAGUGGAAACCAGAGACCAAAGAAAAAUAAAGAGCCAGUUUAUACCCAUUUCUGUGACACUUGUGAUCGUGGCUUUAAAAAUCAAGAAAAAUAUGAUGAGCACAUUUCUCAGCAUAGAACAGUACAUGCUCCUGGUACGAAGCGGAUAAAGUUAGAUACUCCAGAGGAGAUUGAAAAGUGGAGAGAAGAGAGAAGAAAAAACUUUCCAACCCGAGCCAAUAUUGAAAAGAAGAAACUGUUACAGGAGGAGAAAGAGCAGCGGGGAGAAGUAUUGACGACUACACAGUUUGGAAAGAUGCAGAGGAAGUGGAAACAGCAUCCAAAUGAAGAAGCCGGGAGGCAUUCGUAUGGGAGACACAGGAAGUGGCAGAAGUGGCAGAAAUGGCACGGAGGCUGGAAAAUGCCAGAAGCUGGUGAAAAUAAGGCCCAAGAAGCAUCUCCUGCAGCCUCUCCAGGCAGCUGUCGAGCAGAAGAGCCGCAUGAAGUCCAGACAGAGAUCUAUCAGAAGGAUCCUCUGAGUGUGCUGGCUGACAGUGAAGCUGAGUCCGACAAGGAAGAGAAGCCAGAAAAUAUUGUCAUCCCCAAGGAAGUCACCUCGGCCCUGGGCUUACUGAUGACUAACUACGGGAACAUGUCGGGGUCAGAAAGUGAGCCAGAGGAAACUUCCAUCAAGAUAGAAGCAGAGCCCUCAGCAGAAAACCAGGUCAUCCUCAAUGAUGUCCCUCAGAGUCCAAGUCAAGAUAUCCAGACCCGGGAAAGAAACCUCCCUGAGAUUAAGACUAAGAACUUAAGGAAAAAUUGGAUGAAAAAAAAUUUUAGGUAUAAGAAAAACCUCUACAGAAAGAAGUCAAUUUCUGAACCACGGAAAAGACGUCCACAUCUCCUAGAGAUGCUUUUAGCACAGGACAUAAGACAUGAAAGAAAUGUGAUUUUGCAGUGUGUUCGAUACAUCAUCCAAAAUGACUUUUUUGGACUUAACUCCAAGGCAGAGCCACUAGGAAAAACUGAGAAUGACCAGGUAUCUGAAGUUUCAGAAUCAUGAACAUACCUACCCAGAAAGCCUCCUGGCAUCUUGAAGGCCAGCCCUGCAAGGACAUCUGGACAGAAAGGAGAACUUUUACUCUUAAUUGAUAAAUUUCAU